CACUCCACUGGCAACCCUAUUUCUAACCCAAAUUUUACUUCAGAAGAAUUCUUUAAACCUUUUAGUUUCGCUCUCUACUCGCAUUGACGCCCAAAUUCCUCCCCAAUCUCACAAAUUACUUUACCCAUCGCCAACAAUUUUCAAACAGAUCCAACCAGUCAUCAGGCUUUUGGCGGAGACGAUUCAGAUGCCGUAUUCCGUCGAAAUUCGAAGCUCUGGUAGUUAUUAUACUUUUUAAAAUCACGAGACCUUGUUCAAAUCUGUUCUGACCUGAGUUUCGCCGCCACUUAUCGAAACUCUACGAACAAAUCACCACCAGAUCAAUCCAUAUUUCUUUCCAAACGGAGUCCAAAGCAAAGGAAAGAUCAUCUCUCUCCUAACUAGACAGACAAAAGGGGAAAAAAUGGUUGCUCGGAGAUUCCUUGUUCGCUUCCACGACGAGGACUUCUAUGUCGAUUACGACACCGACCGCGGCCUCGAGGUCUUCAAAUUUCAAGUCUUCUCUCUCACCUUAAUUCCCCCCGAGGAACAAAAGAUAUUCGGAAUCGACGACGAUCGGCUCUUAUUGGACGACUCUGACCUCGCCUCAGUUUCCGAUAGGCUUCGGGUGGUAUCUAUAGCCGAUGAAGUCGAACAAGGAGAAAAAUCGGUGGAUCAAAAUGCUGAAAUGGCGAGGUUUGAUGAAGACUUGGCGCGGACGUUGCAGGCAGAAGUAGCAGCACUCGUGCGGAUCAAAAAAGAAGAAGAAGAAGAAGCACUCAUGCUUCAGCAGUCCGCUGCCAGUGACGGUAAUUCACUAAUGGAUGCCAGAAUACGGCCUUACGUUGAUCGGGUCAGGGGGCGUGAAGAAGGAUGGAUAUCUUUAGGGCCAUGGGGAGAGUUGCGUGAUAAAGAAUAUUGGGAUUACAAGCCCGAGGGGCCUAUAAUGCAGAUAACUAUUAGUUAUGGAUAUGCUAUCGCUUCGGUUUUAUUCGAAAGUAAGAGCUACGAUGGCGCCAUUAUUGGCAGCUCCGUGAAAGUCGCCGGGACCGGUGGUGACGGCAGUCGGACUAAAACGGUGCGACCAUCUUUUUUAAUUUUCUUAUUCACAGUCCCAGAAUUCACUAACCCGGACAGAGAUGUGUGUGAAUCUAUCCAAUGCACGUGGGUCCCAAAUGCCUCAGGUGGUUCUUGACACAUCUAUGUCAGAAUGUGUGCACUUUUGUUUCUGUCCAUUGGUUUUUGUGUUUUUAGAAUUUUUUUUUGAUCUUCCUUUUCGAGACAAAUAAGCAAGUGGAUUAUUAAACCAAAAUUACAAUCUUGUUUGGAUGGUAUUUUGAAAAAAAAAAUUCAACUCAAAAAAUACUCAUUAUAUCUCCUUUUAAUCAGUACUCUCAUUUCUCUCUCCUCUCUCCAAUCAUUAUUCUCAUUUCUCUCUAUUUCCCUCCAUUCAUUACUCAUAUCUCCAAUUAUUACCCUAAUUUCUCUCUCUACUCAUUAUCUAAAAAUCAAACUCAAAAUUUUUUAAAACAUCAUCAAGACAAGGCAAAUAUUUUCAUAUGAUUUAUUGCUGAUGCAUCCCAAAAAAGACCUAAUUUAUACUUGCACUUGUUUAGUUCUGCAUCUUCAGUUCAAUAGAGCAACUCUCGUUCAUAAACUUGACGUAUGACUUGCACUACCCCGUCUUUGGAGAAAUCGUAUCUCUCUGGUUUGAAACAAAUAUUGGGAACAUAUACGGGCCUUUUGGUGAGAGAACGGGUUAUUGUUCUUUGUCCAUUCCAAUACAAGUUGGAGUCAUCACUGGAUUCCAUGGACGCGCUGGUGCUGGACCCUGGCUUUCUGCAAUUGGUAUAUUUGUGGCACCCAAAGUAAAUGGUUUGCCCUGUUCAGGAAAAAAAGACAAUAGUUUGCACUCAAUUCAAGACCCAGAUUCUGUGCCAACCCAGCUCAAGGGCAAGGGCAAGAUAAGCGAGGAAGGAGGAUGGAUAUUUUUAGGGCCAUGGGGAGGGAAAGAUGGUGUAGAUUGGAUUUACAAGCCCGACGGACCUAUAAUGCAGAUAAGCAUUUGCUAUGGAAAAGCUAUCAAUUCAAUUCUAUUCCAAAGUAAAAGCUGCGAUGGUUCUGUUAUAGGAAGCUCUGAGAAAAUUGGCGGUACUGGUGGCGAUACGACUGUAACGGUGUGACCCUCUUUAUCUUAUUCAAAAAUCCGGACAAGAGAUGCAUGUGGAUCCAUCCGAAUGUUCCGAUGAACAAGUGUGUAACACAUGUCGGACGGUUCUAGACAUCUCGGUGUCCCGAUUUUUGCACCUUAUAUUUGUGUCUGUAGCAUUUAAAAAUUUUUUUUUUUUGUAACAUAUAGGCAAGUGAAUUAUUUAACCAAAAACUACAAUAAUUUCAGGUGAUUUUAUUUUAUUUUUUCAUG